GUUCUUUAUAAUCUCAUCACCACCACUACCAUUUUCAGCUCUGAAAGAAACCUUCAAAACUAUUUCUGCUUACAAUCAAGAAAGUAUGGCCUACCAAAUCGCCGAUGGCUUCUUUUCUGAUGAAGAAAGUCCAAUUGAUUCAAUUGCAGUUGCUGAUCCAAAACCUCUUGCAGUAGUAGCAGCACCAACAGCUUGUGGUGUUCAUCCUCCCAUUGUUGCAUCCUUCAAUGAUAGAAUCCGUCCUCUCCUCGACUGUGUAGACAAACUCCGCCACAUUAACAUCAUGCAAGAAGGUAUCCAGCUUCCGACCAUCGUAGUGGUAGGUGAUCAAUCUUCUGGAAAGUCCAGUGUCCUCGAAUCUCUUGCUGGAAUCAGCCUUCCUAGAGGACAAGGCAUUUGCACCAGGGUCCCCCUUAUCAUGAGGCUGCAGAAUGAUCCAAACAUCACUGAACCACUACUUCACUUGGAGUACAAUGGAAAGUCACUCCCUGUUGAUGAAGUUGCCAUUGCUGAUUCUAUCAUUCGUGCUACUGAUGAGAUUGCUGGCCAUGGUAAGGGCAUAUCUAACAACCCUUUAACACUUGUAGUGAAAAAGAAUGGUGUGCCCGACUUGACCAUGGUGGAUUUGCCUGGCAUCACUAGAGUUGCUGUACAAGGACAACCUGAAGACAUUUAUGAACAAAUUUAUGAUAUUAUAAUGAAAUAUAUAGCUCCUGAGGAAAGUAUAAUCUUAAAUGUUUUAUCAGCUACUGUUGAUUUCCCUACUUGUGAGUCCAUUAGGAUGUCUCAAAAGAUGGACAAAAGCGGAGAAAGGACUCUGGCUGUUGUGACCAAGGCUGACAAAGCCCCUGAAGGGCUGCUUGAGAAGGUUACUGCGGAUGAAGUGAACAUAGGGCUCGGCUAUGUUUGUGUGAGGAAUAGAAUUGGGAACGAGUCUUAUGAAGAAGCCAGGAGUGAUGAGGCAAGGCUUUUUUCAACUCAUCCACUUUUAUCCAAGAUUGAUAAAUCCAUGGUUGGCGUUCCAGUUCUGGCACAAAAGCUGGUGCGUAUUCAAGCAACCAUCAUUUCAAAAUGCUUGCCUGAAAUUGUGAGGAAGAUCAAUGACAAACUUGCUGCCAAUCUUGCCGAACUCAGCAGGCUUCCUCCGCAUCUAACUUCUGUGGCUGAAGCUAUGACGGCAUUUAUGCGCAUUCUGAGUUCAUCCAAGGAUUCAUUAAAGAAAAUUCUUCUAAGUGGGGAGUUUGAUGAGUACCCGGAAGAAAACGAACUGCACUGCACAGCUAGACUGGUUGAAAUGCUUGAUCAAUACUCUAAUGAGCUACAUUCCAAGAAAUUUGAGAAAAUGGAGGACUUCUUGAUGGAAGAGAUCAUGGUUUUACAGGAAACGAAAGGGAUUGGAUUACCAAACUUCCUUCCUCGGGCCGUUUUCCUCAAUGUUUUGCAGAAAAAAGUAAAGGAAAUUGCUGCCUCUCCAGAGGAUUUUGUGGGAAAACUGUGGAAUUACUUAGAGCGAGUUGUUAUCAAAGUUCUGAUGUAUCAUUGUGAUAACUAUCCGCAGCUUCAGUCUUCCACUAGAAGGGCAGCCCAGAACUUGAUUGCCAAGAAGAAGAAUGAAUCAGUUGAUUGGGUAAGGGAAAUCACCGGGAUGGAAAAGCUGACUGAUUACACUUGUAAUCCUGACUAUUUAGCGACUUACAGUAAGUUCAUGGCUCAACAACACAUGUUCAUGGAGAUAAUGAAUGAUCCUGGGAAGUGCUCCGAGAUAAACCUUGAAGGAGUAGGAGUAAUCAAUGUUGGUCAUUUGAGGAAGCAUCUAGAUGUGGUGCAGCAGGCUUUCGAUUUGAAGAUGAGAAUGAUGGCCUAUUGGAAAAUAGUGCUAAUGAGGCUGGUGGAUUCUAUGGCCUUGCACAUAAUGUUCAGCAUUCGGAACAUGAUUAACAAGGAAAUGGAAGACGAGAUUGUUCAGGAUCUGAUGGCACCUCAUGGUGGUGGAAUUGAGAGAAUGCUUGAUGAGUCGCCUUUAGUUGCUGAGAAACGCAAGAGGCUCAAAAAGAGUGCCAAGCUGCUCAAGGAGUCCAAAGAGGUGGUGGCCAAUAUCAUGGACAGGAUUUCACUUCAUGCUGAUCAGGAAAGGGACUAGAUUAAUACGUGCUACUCAUGAUCAGGACACUCUGUUCCUAUUCAGCCAAUGUUCCUUUCCAGUUUAUCUCCUAAUAUCGAACUACUAGUACUACGCUUUGGUUUUGUAAAAUGCCUAUAGGCUCCUAGGGAAGUAUUUAACUACCUGGUACUAUAUUAGGAAUUGAAGUGUCUACGGUCCUGCCUGCUUGUGUGUAGUUAUUGUCUUCCUAGCUAUUAGCUAAAUGCAAAUCAAGUUUCUGUCUUCA